GGGCUGCUGUAAUUCAUUGGAGGGGCAAUGGACCGGAGUCGUGACUUAGGGGAUGUGGUUGCAUUCUGGAUGUGUGUUUCUAAUUUUUCUUUCUUUUUAGUUUUGUUCCUCACCCAAUAAGGGUUUUAGAAACAGGAAGGAAGAAGAUGAGAGAGAGAGAGGAAAAUUGAUACGAGGGUUCCAUGGGUUCCCUCUUGUAUGUGCCCUGACCUGGAAUCGAACCCACCCCUUUUGGUGUGCAAGAGGACGUUCCAAUCAGCUGAGCCAGUCAGAGUUGUAUGUGUAUUUUUUAAAACGGCAGCUCUGGCAACCUAUCUGGUUUUGUUCAGUGGUUAGAGCGUCAGCCUGCGGACUGAAGGGUCUCAGGUUCGAUUCUGGUCAAGGGCAUGUACCUUUCAGAUGGGUAGAUUGGGAAGGGGAAAGGAUUCUAGGUUCUCAGUAUAGGAGCUUUUUGUGGUUUUAUUUGUCCCCAUCAUGCCAGGGCAGAGUGACCUUUGAGGACGUGGCUGUGUACUUCUCCUUGGAAGAAUGGGAGCUCCUCGAUGAGGCUCAGAGACGUCUGUACCACGAUGUGAUGCUGGCGAACUUGGCACUUACAACUUCCUUGGGUUGUUGGUAUGGAGCCCAGAAUGAGGAGGCACCUUCUGAACUCAGCGAUUUUUUACAAGGAGUGUCACAGGUUAGGACUCCCAAGGCAGGUGUGUCUCCCCUGAAUGCUCAUCCUUGUGAGCUGUGUGGUGUGGACUUGAGAGACAUUUUGCACUUGACCGAGCACCAGGGAACACGUCAUGGGCAGAAACUGUUCAAGAUUGGGACAUGUGAGAAACAGUUGGAUGUCAGUACAGACCUUCAGCAUCAGAAGCAGCACGUGAGAGAGAAGUGCUUCAGAAGUAACGCUUGCAGAGUCUCAUUUGUAAAGGACUGCAAAUUCUGUGUGUCAGGGAAGCCCUUUUCCUGUGGGGAGGUUGUGAGGGACUUCCUGGCCAGCUCAAGAUUUCUUCAGCAUCAGGCCAUAUAUACCAGGGAGAAGUCAAACAGGAGAACUAAAAGUAGGGUAGCCUCUCACAGGGGAAAAACCCUGUCUGACUCUGGAGAAUAUAUAAGAGACUUCAGUUGCAAUCGCACGUUUGUUCAGCACCAGAGAACCCUCACUAGAGAAAGAGGCUACAUGUGCUGUGAAUGUGGAAAAUUUUAUAGCAAAAGCUAUAGCCUCAAUGACCAUUGGAGAGUUCACACUGGGGAAAAGCCUUAUGAGUGUGGGGAAUGUGGGAAUUCCUUUAGGCAAAGCUCUAGCCUCAUUCGACACCGGAGAGUUCACACUGGAGUAAGGCCUCAUGAGUGUGACCUAUGUGGAAAAUUAUUUAGCAACAAGUCCAACCUCGUUAAACAUCGAAGAAUUCACACUGGAGAAAAGCCAUAUGAGUGUAAUGAAUGUGGGAAGUCCUUUAGUGAAAGCUCUGCACUACUUCAACACCAGAGUGUUCAUACUGGAGAAAGGCCUUAUGAGUGCAGUGAAUGUGGGAAAUUCUUUACCUACCACUCCAGUCUCAUAAAACACCAGAGAGUUCACUCUGGGUCAAGGCCCUAUGUGUGCAGUGAAUGUGGAAAAUCCUUUACUCAAAACUCCAGCCUCAUUGAACACCACAGAGUUCAUAGUGGAGAAAGGCCUUAUAAGUGCAGCGAAUGUGGGAAAUCUUUUAGCCAAAGUUCUGUGCUUCUUGAGCAUCGGCGAGUUCACACUGGAGAAAGGCCUUAUGAGUGCAGUGAAUGUGGGAAAUUCUUUACUUACAGUUCUAGUCUCUUAAAACACCAAAGAAUUCACACUGGAGAAAGGCCUUAUAAGUGCAGUGAAUGUGGGAAAUUCUUUACUUACAGUUCUAGUCUCAUCAAACACAUGAGAAUUCAUACUGGAGAAAGGCCUUAUGAGUGUAGCGAAUGUGGGAAAUCUUUUAGCCAAAGCUCUGCACUUCUUCAGCAUCGGAGAGUUCACACUGGAGAAAGGCCUUAUGAAUGCAGUGAAUGUGGGAAAUUCUUUACUUAUAGCUCUAGUCUCUUAAAACACCAGAGAGUUCACACUGGAUCAAGGCCUUUUGAGUGUAGCCAGUGUGGGAAAUCUUUCAACCAUAGCUCAAGCCUCAUUAAACACCGAAGAGUUCACACUGGAUAAAGGCCUUUAUUUACCUUCAACUUCAGGCUCCUAAACCACCAUGUCACAUUGGAUGAAGGCCUUAUGAUUGUGGCAAAUGUGGGAAAUUAUUUACCAAACUCAAGCGUGUUUACAUCCAGAGAAUUAACAUUAGAGAAAGGCCUUAAAAAUGCAAUGAAUAUGAGAAGGCCUGCAGCUGAAGGACUUGCCUUAUUGGAUACCACACUUUUUUUGGGGCUGUUGUAUCCUGCUCAGCAUUGGUGACGGAACAUCUGUCCCCACAGGUCCUGCAGUGGAACUGUGGACUCUGAUGUCCUGAAUUCUGUAGGGCAACAUCACUGGUUUUAAAAUUACAGGGGCAGGAGAAGGGUCAUUGUUGCAGAAACACUGGGUUCAUAGAGAAUGGAAGAGACCACCACAAACUGGUUAGCAUGCUCCUUUUAUUUAUACAUGCAUUUCAUUUCAUUUUGUAAAAUACGGCUCUCCUAAAAGUCUGCAACACUUAAUCCCUAUGGCUGUGAAGGAUUUGCAGGUACAGACAUUCUUGGGCCUUCCUGAACUAUGUAUCUUGUGUAGCUGUGGGUCCUGUCAGAGAAAAUAAAGGUUUUGUGGAUAUCUGUGGCCUGCCUGGCUGUUCACAUAAGACCAUUGCUGUGCAAUAACAUGAGAGAAGCGAGAUCUCAGUCCAGCCAUAUGGCUUUUGUGGCCUAGUCACUGUUGCUGUAAAAAAGUGAAAACACCCUUCACUGCUCACAUUUUUUUUUUUAUUAAAGA